GCCGGCGCGGCGGGCGGUGGGGUAGCGAGGUGAGGGCGAAGAUGCCUUCAGCGCAGAAGCCGAUGCGGUACGGCCACACGGAGGGCCACACCGACGUCUGCUUCGAUGAGUGUGGCGGUUGCAUUGUAACUUGUGGCAGUGAUGGAGAUGUUAGAAUUUGGGAAAACUUGGAUGAUGAUGAUCCGAAGUCCAUUAAUGUGGGAGAAAAGGCCUAUUCGUGUGCUCUAAAGAAUGGAAGACUGAUCACAGCAGUAUCUAACAAUAUCGUUCAGAUUCAUACAUUUCCUGAAGGAGCUCCAGAUGGCAUCCUUACUCGUUUCACCAUGAAUGCCAACCACGUUGUCUUUAAUAGUGACGGUACCAAAAUCGCUGCUGGUUCUAGUGACUUUAUGGUCAAAGUUGUGGAGGUGACUGAUAGCAGCAAGCAGAAAACGUUCCGAGGACAUGAUGCUCCUGUUUUAAGUCUCGCUUUUGACCCCAAGGAUGUUUUCCUGGCAUCAGCAAGCUGUGAUGGUUCUGUCAGAGUAUGGAAAAUCGCAGAUCAGACAUGCGUGACAAGCUGGCUGCUGCUGCAGAAAUGUAAUGAUGUGGUAAAUGCUAAAUCAAUAUGUAGGCUUGGCUGGCAACCUGGCAGUGGGAAGUUGUUGGCAGUUCCUGUAGAUAAAGUUAUUAAACUAUAUAGAAGAGAAACCUGGGAUAAUCAAUUUGAUUUAUCAGAUACUUCUGUCACACAGCCCUUGAAUGUUGUGGUCUGGUCUCCUUGUGGGCAAUACCUGGCAGCUGGAAGUGUGGAUGGAAGUAUAGUGGUAUGGAAAGUAGAAAUCAAGGAGUGCAUAGGGAGGAUGAAACAUGAGAAAAAUUACACAAUUUGUGGAUUGGCAUGGCACCCCAAAUAUGGGCAGAUUGCUUAUACAGAUACUGAAGGAAAUCUGGGGUUGUUGGAAAAUAUUGGUGAUGGAAAGAAACCAGAUGAUAAGGUUGCCAGUACAGUGGCAAAAGACUACAAUGAUCUCUUUGAUGGAGAGGAUGAUGACUAUUUAAAUGGAGAUAUGACUGAACCACAGUCUUCCCCAAAGGGUAUAGCUAAUGAAGAUGAUGAUGAUGAUGACGACCCUAUGCCUACUUCAGGCCAUCCAAGACGGACAAUAAUUGAUAAUGAUGACAACUCAUUAGAUAUUGGAUUGAUAAAAGCUAGUUCCAGUCUCCUUGACAAGGAGGAUGACGAUGAUGAUCAGGCUGGUGGUUUUCCAGCUUUACCAGCAUCAUCUGCUCGGCAGCCUUUUUAUGAUGGGCCAAUGCCAACCCCCAAGCAAAAGCCAUUCCAGUCUGGCUCUACUCCUGUACAUCUCAUGCAUCGCUUCAUGGUAUGGAAUUCUGUUGGUAUCAUUCGCUGUUACAAUGAUGAACAAGACAAUGCUAUAGAUAUAGAAUUUCACGAUACUUCCGUACACCAUGCGACACACCUGCCAAAUUCUCUGAAUCACACAAUGGCUGACCUCUCUGCUGAAGCUAUUUUAUUGGCCUGUGAGAGUACAGAGGAACUUGCAAGCAAGCUGCACUGCAUUCAUUUUAGCUCAUGGGAUGCGAACAAGGAGUGGACAGUAGAUAUGCCAGAGGACGAAGACAUUGAGGCUAUCUGUCUAGGUCAAGGCUGGGCUGCUUGUGCCACUAGUGCCCUGCUAGUUCGUAUUUUUACGGUUGGAGGAGUUCAGAAAGAGAUCUUCAGUCUCCCAGGUCCAGUGGUGUCUAUGGCAGGACAUGGAGAGCAAUUGAUGAUUGUUUAUCACAGAGGUACUGGGUUUGAUGGGGACCAAUGUCUUGGAGUACAGCUGCUAGAAGUAGGAAAAAAGAAAAAGCAGGUUUUGCAUGGAGACCCACUUUCUCUUACAAAGAAGUCCUAUUUGACAUGGUUGGGAUUCUCAGCAGAAGGUACCCCAUGUUACGUGGAUUCUGAGGGGAUUGUGCGGAUGUUGAACCGAGGACUUGGAAAUACCUGGAUUCCAGUAUGUAACCUGAGAGAGCAUUGCAAAGGAAAAUCUGAUCAUUAUUGGGUAGUUGGCAUCCAUGAAAAUCCCCAGCAGCUCAGGUGUAUUCCUUGUAAAGGAGCUCGAUUUCCACCUACACUUCCACGUCCUGCUGUAGCCAUAUUAUCUUUUAAACUUCCUUACUGUCAAGUUACAACAGAAAAAGGACAGAUGGAGGAACAAUACUGGCGUUCUGUUGUAUUUCACAACCAUAUGGAUUACUUAUCAAAAAAUGGCUAUGAAUUUAAUGAAAAUGCUAAAAGUCAAUCAGCAAAAGAACAACAAGAACUUCUAAUGAAACUCUUUGCUCUUUCUUGUAAACUGGAGCGUGAAUUUCGUUGUGUGGAACUUGCUGACCUCAUGACACAAAACGUUGUGAAUUUAGCUAUCAAGUAUGCCUCUCGCUCUCGGAGACUAAAUUUAGCUCAGCGACUUAGCGAAAUGGCUGUAGAGAAAGCAAAUGAAUUGGCGACAGCACUGGAAGAGGAGGAGGAGGAGGAGGAUUUCCGAAAUCAUUUGAAUGCUGGUUACAGCAACUCUGCCACAGAGUGGAGUCGGCUGCCAGUCAGAAAUGUUCAGGGGGACCAAGAAAUGGAAGAUGCUGAGGAAGCUGAUACAUUUGAGGAAGCAGAAGAAACACCAGAAGCACAUAAACAGAGGCAAAAUCCUUUCUCCAAAGGUGUUACCUCAAAAGAGGUGACUACUCCUAAGUCUGCUGUAAUUGCAUCGAGCAGCCAAGGACGAGUGAAUCCCUUUAAGGUGUCAUCUAACAAAAAGGACCCAGUGGUUCCUUCAGCUAAUAUUCUGGACUCUAUGAGCAAACAUGCAAAGAAAACGCCUUCAUGUAGCAGUCGACUUGCGAACAAGCAGAAGCCUCCAGUUAUAAAACCUCUGAUUCCCAAACCAAAAUCCAAGCAGGCUUCAGCAGCCUCCUUUUUCCAGGCUCGUACACCUAACUCUAGUGAAAAAAUAGUGGAAGAAAGAGAAGAAAAAGUGGAAAGUGAGUCCCCUGUUGCUGAAGUUGCUACACAGGAAAACACUGAAAACAAAAGACCAAGGACAGGAUUCCAGUUAUGGCUAGAAGAGAACAGAGCAAACAUUUUAACAGAUAAUCCUGAUCUGAAUGAAGCAGAAGUAAUAAAAGAAGGCAUGAGUCGAUUUAGAAUGCUGUCAUCGGAAGAAAGAUUGGUGUGGACUGAGAAAGCGAAAGAAGGAACAGUUAAUGAUUUAACUGAAGCUAAAAAGCGAAAGCGUCCCACAGCUGGUAAAGAUGAGGGGAAAAAGAGCGAGGAAGAAAAAUCAGAGGAUUUAAAUUUAUCCAAAAAAGUAAAACCUUUAGAUCAAUCUACAAAUGUCAGAUUGUCAGCUUUUGCAUUCAAGCAAAGCUAAAUAAUGUGAUCUUCUCAGCAUGUUUUCUCAGAACAUUAGAUUACUCUGUACUGAAAAAUUUGCCACUGUGCUCAAAGAGCAUUAGCAAAAAGAGUGCGUUGCUCCAAGUCUUCUUUUAGAAAAUAUUUUGUUAUCAACUCCUUCACGAAAUGUUGAAUCCACACCCAAGAUCGUUGCAAAUUACUUAGAACUAGGAUACAGCUUUAUAGCAAAGCUAGUGCUAGUGGACUAGCUAUCUAGCAGCACUGUUCUGUACAUGGCUACACUGUUGUAGCCAUGUGCCUUGAUGUUUGUGAUACUUGGUGCUAAAUCCAGAUGAAUCGUUCUGGGGAAUACAGAAGUACAAAAACUAUCCUAUGGUAAUAGCGCUGAAGUAAUGGCUUUUAUACCGCUCCCUCUGCCUGCUGCAAAGGCUCGUAAGAAAGAGACCAACAUCUGUGACCCUGAUGGUAGCAGUGAGCAGCCUAGCAAAGGCUAGGAGAAAAGACUAGGGCAGAAGCUGAAUCAGGAAUGCCAGGUACAGAAAUGAGCCAUUCCAGAUCGUGCAGACAUGCUUUCACAGUCGAUGCUUCGGCUGUGUCCCAGAUCUGGUUCAGGAACUGCUCAGAACUUGUUUGUAUUAUUUUAUGUAAUGUUUGUUUUUA